AUGCGGGCGGCGCACUUACAAGCUCUCGACAGAAUCGACAUACCACGAGGCGACCCAGCUUCACUUCGGCGUUUCGCAGAAAAGGUCAGGACGCAUUUAUUCAACCUGAGUUGUAUUGGCGAAACCGGGGAUGCAGACAUCAUUGAGCGUUUGGCCCAAAAACUACAAAUCCAGGACAGGCUAUCUUGGAAUGAUGGACGACGGGGUGGGCUGGAGUACCGCAGCCUGAAUGAGUUCGGAUCCUGGCUGUGUUUGCGGGCUUCUGCCUAUCAAAAUGCCUAUUCCAUUGCAUCUGAUCAGUCCAGCAGACCGAGUGACAGCAUGAGACCUGGACAGAGUCAACAACAGAUGCAGUUACCACACCAACAUGCAGGCAGGCGGAAUGUGCGCACUCAUUAUGGUGACAGUACUGGGGGUCAGCCUGAUAACAAACCACCUUCAGAAGAAAAAAAGGCCACGGACCACUGUUUCAAGUGUGAAGGGGUUCAUCGACUACAUACUUGUACAUUCUUCAAGGCGUUAACUGUCGGCGAACGGACCACCUUCGUGAUCCGCCGGGGAUUGUGCUUCUGUUGUUUUGGUGUACGACACACGGCCCGCGAUUGCAGAGAAAAGAAGAGUUGUGGCAUUGGUGGAUGCAAAUUACUUCAUCACCAGCUGCUACACAAUGAUGUUAACACUCGAAUCGCGAGAACCUGCCACGCGAUAGAUAUUAGUUCCGAGCGGAUCGCAUUUGGCGUGAUUCAGUUAGAAGCACUAAACCAGGACGGGGAGUUAAUUCCGAUAACAGUAAUGGUAGAUCCGGGGAGCAACGCCACGCUUUUCCGAGAGGGAAUUGUCCGCUCUCUGAAGCUCAGAGGACGAAGACAGACUCUUCAUAUCGAUGGCGUAGCUGACACAAUUUCAAGCUUACACAAUUCUGAGCAUUUGGAGAUGCAAAUUAGAACGGCCUUUGGUGAGUUGGUGACCCUCGAAGGCUCUACACUACCAUCUAUCACGCGACCGGUACCAUUCUUCAGAUGGGAAGAUCUACGUAAACGUUGGCGUCAUCUGGAGGGAUUACCGGAACUUCUCCCUGCCGGCGGAAGAAUAGAUGUGCUAAUCGGACUAAAUCAUGCCGCUUUCACCACGGCAACCGAGUCCAGGAUCGGGAACAACAACGAGCCUACAGCCGAGAAAACGAGACUUGGUUGGAUACUAAAAGGAGUAGUAGACGGAACUGCGGUAAACGUGCGUGUUCACCAGGCCCUCGCCUCUACAGACAUCGGUUUCCAACUACUUGAUCAGAUGCGUCGCUUUUGUGACACCGAGACGUUUGGAACCGAAUAUCAGAUUGACUGCAUCUCACCAGAAAACAAGGCGGCAUCGGAGUUUCUGGAUCGAGCCACGACAAGAUUAGACAUCGGAUAUGAAGCACCUAUUCUAUGGAAGGACGGAGUUCACCCAGUGCUGCCAGACAAUCGGAGCUUAGCUGAAUCCCGUCUUCAGUGCCUCAUCAACAAGUUUCGGAAAACCGCACCAGAGCAGCGUUAUGAGUUCUAUUACCGGAAAGCAAUGCAGAAGAAUUUUGAUGAGGGUUAUGCCUGCCGACUCUCCCCUGAAGAGAUGGCUAGUCAAUCGGGUUACUAUCUGCCCCAUUUUGGAGUACCGAAGAUACCUGGUCGGCCAGAACUACGCUUGGUCUACGAUGCAGCGGCGAGAUACAGAGGUCGUUGCUUGAAUGACUACAUUGUCAGCGGCCCACCAGUACAGAACCCUCUAGCUGCCGUGGUCAUAAGAUUCAGGGAGGGGGCCGUGGCGUGGUCAGCUGACAUAAGGGCCAUGUUCAGCCGUAUUCGAUUGAAGAAGGAAGACCGCCGGUAUCACAGAUUCCUGUGGCCAGAAGAAGACGGUUCAGUUUCAACGUGCGAAAUGACGAGGGUUACCUUUGGAGUGUCUUGCUCCCCCUUUGUCGCUAUUCGUACGAUGUGGCGGGCGGCUGACGAUGCAGGUCCGGAAAUGAAAGCAGCAUCAGAGGUAGUACGUAAUAAUCUUUAUGUGGACGAUUAUCUUGGUUCCGCCCGAAGUCAAGAGGAAGCCAUCUCUGUAACCAAGGCCAUUACCACUGUAUUGGCGAAUGGGGAUUUCCAUCUCGGCAGCUGGGCCUCGAAUGAUCCUGCAGUAUUAACAGCUUUACAACCGUCACAAGACGAGAAUGGAAACAAUGCCCUGACAACACGAGACCUUGGCUCAGACGACGUGGAGACCGUGCUGGGAAUCACAUGGCGUCCUACAACCGAUAUGCUUGGGUUCCGUGUCAAGGAAAAGGAAGUGACGUUUACACGGAUAGGCCUAGCCUCUAUGGUGGCUGGGCAAUUCGACCCACAAGGUACCGCGGCCCCUAUGACUGUCAAAGGAAAAAUUCGUCUUCGGGAGUUGGGCGUACGAGGGCUGGGUUGGAACGAAACUGUCGACGAGAAUGAUAGCCAAUGGUGGACCCAAUAUUUCGACACGGUGCAGCAGCUGCGAGAUGUAGAAUUCCCGCGAGGACUUUUUCCAAACGAACAAAACAUCGUCCAGUCGGAAUUACAUACGUUCGCUGACGCAUCAGAGGAGGCCUGUGCGGCAGUGUGUUAUAUCCGGCAUAGUUACCAAGACGGCAGUGUCAUCGUACGCCACGUCAAAGCAGCAACAAAACUCGCCCCAUUGAAGACAGUUUCUGUGUGUAAACUAGAGUUGACAGCCGGGCUACUAGGCGCUCGGUUAGCCCGCUUUGUUGGUGAAUCUAUGACAAGGAAGGUUAACAUUCGAAAGUUUUGGACAGAUAGCAGCACGGUCCGCAACUGGGUGCGGGCCGUUUCCGCGCAAUAUCAAGUGUACGUGAGUCAUCGUAUUGGUGAAAUUCAGACUUUGACGGCUGCUCACGAGUGGCGCUUUGUGCCAGGAAGACUUAACCCAGCCGAUGCAGCCACACGGUCGCAGCUGGAAGCAGAAGCGAUUCCCCUUUAUUGGUUGGAUGGGCCACCAUUCUUGUAUGCAGACCCAGCAGACUGGCCAAAGGAUUUACCAUGGUUGGUCGAAAAACAAGAAAUACGGAGCAUUCAUCUCCAUCUGGUCGAGUCACACCCGACACUGGCAACCGAUUGGAGUACGAUAGUGAUCACAGCAAAGGAAAUUCCAGCGCUCAUACGGUUGGAAGAAAAGUAUAGAUCAUUGAUUCAACUCUGUCAAGAAGAAGCAUAUCCAGAAGAAUUGAAACGGCUCCGGGGCAAGAAGCCCAUCCGCCCAACCUCCCGACUUAUGGCCCUAACCCCCUUUCUGGGAGAUGACAAAAUGUUACGGCUGGGCGGAAGGUUAGGAAGGGCAAAAUUACCUUACGACAUACUACACCCUCCUAUUUUACCCGGACCUCACCCAUUGGCACGUUCAAUCAUCCGCGCGUUUCAUGAGGAGAUGCAUCAUGUGGGAACCGAUUUUGUUUUAUCCCACGUCCGGCAGCACUUCUGGAUUACAGUGGGCCGCGAAGCAGUAAAACGCGUACGAAACGAGUGUAUUCCUUGUCGGCGGUUUCGACCAAAGGCGGCCCUACAAAUGAUGGCUGACGUCCACAAGGCUCGCUUAGGAGCUCGAGAACCACCGUUCACGUAUACAUCCGUCGACUACUUCGGUCCGAUUGACGUCGUUCACGGUCGCGGGACAGCGAAGAGAUGGGGAGCCCUUUUUACCUGCCUAGUUACACGGGCACUUUAUGUAGAUGUCGCCGUCUCAUUAUCGUCGGAUGAUUUCCUGUUAGUUUUACGCCGCUUUGCAUCAAUAUACAGAAAACCAGCCCACAUGUUUUCAGACAACGGUACCAACCUAGUGGGCGCCGAAAGGAUCCUGCGGGAGGAAUUGGAGCGCUUAAAGGUCAAUGACGGACUCACAGCAGAGUUAAAGGGCCUCGGAAUCAACUGGACGUUUCAACCGGCCCAGACACCUCAUUUUGGCGGGUCCCAUGAGUCCCUGGUCCGUUCAGUUAAGAACGCCCUUUACGCUGCACUGGACCAAGAAAAGCUCGGGUCACGAAAACCAAGCGACGAAAUUCUACGUACUAUCCUGUUCGAAGUAUCAGGACUUCUCAAUGCACGCCCACUCACUUACGUGAGCGCAGACCCUGAUGACUUCCGGCCUCUUACACACAACGAUUUCUUAAAUCGUGCACCAGUAGCAGACCUCCCAGCUGGAAAUUUUAGUCACUCGUUGCCACGGGAGCAUUACCGAUACGUGCAACGUAUCACAAACCUCUUUUGGGACCUUUGGCAUGGCGCCUUCCUGCAAUCCAUGGUAGGAAGAAAGAAAUGGCAGAGCACGGCCCGGAAUCUGGCAAUCGGUGAUUUUAUCCUAGACGAUUGGAAGGAUGCCCCGCGCGGACGAUGGCGCACCGGGAAAAUAUCACCGUUUACCCCGUUUACCCCGGAGCCGACGGAUUGGUACGUGCAGUGGACGUGCAGUUUUCUACUGGAACACUACGCAGAGGAACAAAUCAACUAG